ACCACUAAUAGGCUCUGCACACUGAGCCCAUCCCGGGGGAAUGGUGGGAUUUUUUGACAGAUGUGAAACUCCGAUUCACACUGCCACCAUCCACCAUCCACCAUCCACCAUCCGUCAAAAACAGCUGAUGCCAAUAACAAGUUCAUUAAAUUUGCGCGGAAGAUUUAUUAAUUCUUGGUUCUUAUAAUGGAUGAUGAAGAUAUAGCAAUUAUUUCGGCUGUGGUUCAACAGCAAAAUAUUUUCUUGCACCAACUAAUAAUGUUGCUGUCAAUGAAUAAUGAUGAUGACGAUGAUGAAUUUAACAUUGACGAGGAUGAGAUGACCCAGAUGACUGCCAUAAAAACACAAAAGCCAGGAAGAUUAUGGUCGUUUAAGCGGUUCGGGACAUUUUGGGAGAAAGAUGUACCAGAAAACAACGAACCUCUCCGAAUGGAGAGGCCCUGCUUUGAUAUUUUAGUGAAUCGGCUUGAAGUGCUGCGAAAGAAGGACACCAACUGCCGAGCUGCAAUUCCUUUGGAAAAGCGCAUCGCCAUUGCGCUAUACACUUUGGGCUCGUCCUCUGAGUACCGAACAGUUGGCAGGCUUUUCGGUGUAGCUCCAAACAGUGUGUGUAAUAUCCUGCACGAGUUUUGCAGAGCACUUAUAGAUACAGAUUUACAUAUGUAAAUAUCGGCUCUGCAGGAAGGUGCAAUGACUCGAUGAUAUACCAGAAGUCAAGCCUUGCAAAACAUAUCGAAGCAUCGGCAUUACUCCAAGAAAAAGCCAAGGAAAUAAGCGGAGUAAACGUCCCUGUAAUGCUUAUCGGGGACUCGGCAUUUAGGUUUUCUAAAAAGCUGAUGAAACCUUACCCGUUUUCCACAGUCGCCUCUUUGGAAUAGCGCACGUUUAACUAAAACCUUUCCAAAGCUAGGCGAGUGGUGGAAAAUGCAUUUGGGCAUUUAAAAGCCAGAUUUCGAAUAUUCGGAAAAGGUCUUGAUAGCCACCACAAAAAUAAUAGCGCCAUAAUAAUGAGCUGUUGUAUUUUACACAAUAUAUUAAAUAUGCACAACA